AAGUGACGCUCGGGGCGGGGCCUGUGGAGCGUGGCUGGCGGGGCAGCGGCAGGUCUGCCUGGGUUUAUGAAGGUACCGAAUACCUGUCCAAACCUAGUGACCAGAUGUACCAGCAGCUGGCCAGAAGCUAGUAUUGAACACAUCUUCCUGCCACCAGUGACCAGCAGUUAGACUUUGGGAUGUGCACAUGAUGAUGGACAGCAGGGAUCAAGAAGCUGAAAUCCACCCCUUGAAAAAUGAAGACAGAAAAUCACAAGACAACCUGGGUAACCAACUAAAAAAUGAAGAUAACAUGAAAAGCACGCCUUUGCAGUCCCGGCUGUCCCGAUGCCGAGCAGUGGCAUUUUUCCUUUCAUUGUUUAUCUGCCUUUUUGUGGUGUUUGUCAUCUCAUUCAUCAUCCCAUGCCCUGACCGACCUGCGUCACAGCGCAUGUGGAGGGUCGAUUAUAGUGCAGCAGUCACCUAUGACUUUCUGGCUGUGGAAGACAUAAACAGGGACAGGAUCCGAGAUGUUUUGUUUCUUUAUAAACACGCCAACAGCAGCAGUAAUUUCAGCCGAUCCUGUGCUGAUGAAGGCUUGUCCUCUCCCUGCACCUUUGUGGCAGUUGUGUCAGGGGCCAACGGCAGCAUGCUCUGGGAGAGGCCUGUGGCCUCAGAUGUGGCCCUCGUGAAGUGUGCCGGGUCCCAGCCAAGGGGCAGUGAGGUGCCAUCUGCCUGCAUCCUCGUGGGCAGGCCCCAUUCUGUCAUUGCAGUCGACUUAUUCACAGGGGAAACCCUGUGGACCCAUCCCAGCAGUCUGGGCAGAAAUGCUUCAGUCCUGAGCCCUUUACUCCAGUUGCCCGAUGUUGAUGGUGAUGGGGCCCCAGACCUGCUGCUUCUGGUCCGGGAAGAGAAGGAGGUUAAUGGUUAUAUCUACUCAGGCACCACUGGGCACCAGAUCGGCCACAGAGGCAGCCUUGGAAUAGACGGGGAAAGCGGCUUCCUCCUCCAUGUCACCAGGACGGGUGCCCACUACAUCCUCUUCCCCUGCGCAAGCUCCCUCUGUGGCUGCUCUGUGAAAGGUCUCUAUGAGAAAUUGACCAGGAGAGAUGGCCCAUUUAAGAAAGACCCCCUGUGGGAGAACAUGCUCAACGCCACCACCUGCAGGAGGCUUGUGCACAGUGCUGGAGCAGUGCGCCACCUGGUACACAUCCCAGGCAAGGCUGGUGCAGAUGUGCUCCUUGUGGGCGCAGAGACCUGUGUACUGCUAGACGGGCAGGCGCUGACUCCCCGCUGGACCCUCAGCAGAGCCCAGGUCCUGAGAAAACCCAUCUUUGGCCACUACAAACCAGAUGCCUUGGCUGUGGUUAUUGAAAAUGGAACCGGCAUUCACAGACAGAUCCUGCUCCUAGACCUCAGCAGCGGGGCCAUCCUGUGGAGCCAGGCCUUCCCAAGCCUCCCUGGGGCCCCUGGGUCCGCCAGUCUGCCGACCGCAGACCACCGCUCGGCUUUCUUCUUUUGGGGCUUCGACAAGCUGGCCAGCACCAAUGAGACGACAGUGAAAAUUGCCGCUGCUGUCACUCUAGGAGACCGGAGCCAUGUGGCACAGCCUGUACAUGCUCCACCCCACCCUGCCCAGUGUGCUGCUGGAGCUAGCCAACAUCUCUGCCAACAUCGUCACUUUUGAGGUCUGUACCACUGGACAACCAAAGAACAGGUGAGGGAAGUGUCACAUAGAAGCAUUCCAGCUGAUACACAGAGAGGCAGUGAUGGAAUUAGAACAUCACCACAUCAAAUCCCUCAUAAAAUCAGGGCACUGGCUGCUUAAAAGAAAGACAACUGCACACCAUGUGCUAGAGGAGUACACGGAACUUGACCUCAACAAAAACCAGAAAAAAAAAAAGUAACAAAGACUGAAGAUGAAUCUGACCAAGCCUUAAAUGUAACUGGCACUUCAUAGAAACACAUUAACGAAUUCACAAGGAUAUAGUCAGCAAAUCCAGACUGAGAGGCCCAGCACAAAGGCUCAUGCAGGUAAUCCUAGCAUUCUGGGAGGCCAAGGUGGACAGAUCACUUGAGCUCAGGAGUUCAAGACCUGCCUGAGCAAAAGCAAUACCCUGUCUCUGCAAAAAUAGCUGGGCCUUGUGACAGGUGCCUGUAACCCCAGCUACCCAGGAGGCUGAGGCAAGAGGAUCUCUUGAGCCCAAGAAUUUGAGGUUGCUGUGAGCUAUGAUGCCAUAGCACUCUACCAAGGGAGACUGAGACUUUGUUUCAAAAAAAAUAAAAAUCCAGACUAAGGAACAUUACGGGACAAAGGGUCCAGAUCCUCUAAAACAAAACAGAAGAGAUGAAACGGAGAAGAGAGAUUCAAGAGACUCACUGACCAAUUCUAACAUAAUUUGAAUCCAAAUUCAAACAAAUUGAAAAAAAAGAAAAAGACAAUUAUAGGCUAUGGCAUGCAAAAUGUCCUUCUCCAUCCCCACCCCCUAGAGAAGCCAUCACCCUAAUCCUUUAAACCUAAUCCUUAAAACAUAAGAGUAACUCCCCUUAGAUGGUAAAAGGGUUUUGCAGCUGUGAUUAUAUUUAGGAUCUUCAGAGGAGAGAUGAUCUUGGAUUAUCCCGGUAGGUGCAGUAUAAUCACAGGGGUCCUUGUAAGUGAAAAGGGGGAGGCAAAAGGGUCAGAGAGGACAGGAGCUACUGCCUUGGGGCUGUGAAGACAGAGGACUGGGCCAUGAGUCCAGAUAGGAAAGGCAAGAGAUGGUUUCUUCCCAAGGGUUCCCAUGAGGAACCAGCCCUAUAGACACCUUGACCUUAGCCCAGUAAGGCCUGUGCCAGACUUUUGACCUCUAGAACUGCAAAAACAUAAAUGUGUACUGUUUUGUGGUAGUUUGUUACAGAAGACACAGGAAACCAAUACAGAGGCCAAGGGAGGAGGUGAGAGCCUUGAUCAGGCAGGUAUUUGGUGGCUUGAAGAAAAUAAUUUCUCUUUUUUUUUUUUUUGAGACAGAGUCUCAAGCUGUCGCCCUGGGGUCACAGCUCACAGCAACCUCAAACUCUUGGGCUUAAGCAAUUCUCUUGCCUCAGCCUCCCAAGUAGCCGGGACUACAGUGCCCACCACAACUCCCGGCUAUUUUGUUGUUGUCGUUUUUUCUUUUUUGCAGUUUUUGGCUGGGUCUGGGUUUGAACCCGCCACCUCCAGCAUAUGGGGCUGGCGCCCUACCCCUUUGAGCCACAGGCGCUGCCCCAUUUUUUCUUUUUUUUUUGAGACAGAGUCUCAAGUUGUUGCUUUGAGUAGAGUGCCACGGUAUCAUAGCUCAUAGCAACCUCCAACUCAGGCUCAAACAAUCCUCUUGCCUCAGUUUUUCUAUUUUUUAGUAGAGACAGGGUCUCACUUUUGCUCAGGCUGUUCUCAAACUCAUGAGCUCAAGCUAUCCACCCACCUCAGCCUCCCACAGUCCUGGGAUUAUAGGCGUGAGCCACCGUGCCAGGUGACAAAUAUUUCUGGAGCCAGGCCAAGAGUGUACAGAAAUUCUUGUUUUUGUUUUGUUUUGUUUUUGUUUUUUUGGCCUUUUGGGGACAGAGUCUUACUCUGUUGCCCUGGGUAGAGGGCCAUGGUAUCAUAACUAACAGCAACCUCAAAUUUAGGUUUAAAUGAUCCUCCUGCCUUACCCUCCUGAGUAGCUGGGACUAUAGGCACCAGCCACAACACCUGGCUAAUUUUUCUAUUUUUAGUAGAGAUGGGGUUUCACUCUUGCUUAGCCUGGUCUUUAACUCCUGAGCUCAGCGAUUUGCCCGCCUCAGUCUCCCAGAGGAGUCAUCAUUUUGAUUUAUUUUUGUUUAUACUUAAAAAUUUCUAUAUUAAAAUGCUUUUCCAAAUUGAAGCUAGACGCUUCUCUUAUUA